AAGAUUCACCAAAACCAAAACCCACCCCAAAGGCUCACUCACCUCACCUGCAAAACACUCCACUCUACAACACAGUAUUCUCUCUAUUUCUAUUUUUAUUUUUAUUUUCUUUUUAACACCUACGUCUCUCUCUCUCUCUCUCUCUCUGUGCAUCGCUAUUCUAUUUCUCUCACUCCCUCACUGUUCCUCCCCAAAUGCUGAAUCUGAACCACACCCACUGAUCUACACUGUGGAAGACAUUCCCAAGAUUUCAGCUUUGGCGGAAGAAGAGCAGAGCAAGCGGAAACCCUCAUGAGAGAGGCAAUGUGAGGGAGGGAGAAGGUUCCUUCUUUUUCUUCUUUCUCAGGUUUCGGAAAUGGUGGCUGCCAUUUCGGAAGACCCAUUGACCUCUUCUAAUGGCACCAUCCCCAGAAGACCAAAGGGUAGGCAAGUUUCUUCAAGGUACAUGUCUCACUCACCUUCUCCUUCACCUUCACCUUCUUCAACCACAACAACAACUACUUCAACUUCAACAUCUACAACGACUUCUUCUUCUCGUCGAUUCCCUUCCCCUCUUCUCUCGCAUUCCUCCAAUUCCUCUACGCCGUUAGUCCCGAAGCGUUCCCAAUCGGUGGACCGCCGCCGCCCCCGCCCGGCGACACCGCUUCCCGAGGCGGCGAAGCUUCUCGUGACUUCCACUCGGAGCCUGUCGGUUUCCUUUCAAGGAGAGGCCUUUUCGCUGCCUGUUAGCAAGACCAAGGCCGCCGCCGCCACCCCGCCGCCGCGGAAGGCCGCCACGCCGGAGCGACGGAGGGCUACCCCAGUGAAGGGGGAGAAUUCGAGGCCGGUGGAUCAGCACCGGUGGCCGGCGAGGACCCAGCGGGUGGAUCAUCUCUCCAAGAGUGUGGAUGUCAGUGAUAAGAAGAAGGUUAUUGGGAAUGGGUUUGGGAAAGUGGUGAGGGCUUUGCAGCAAUCAAUGGUGGUGGAGGGUGAGAAGAGGAGAGCUUCUUUUGAUGGGUUAGGAGGGUUGAGUUUGGAUUUGGGGAAAGCUGAGUUGUUGAAGGGUAAUAGUAAUAGUAAUAGUAAUGCUAAUAAUCAUAGUAAUAAUGAUGGUGGUGGUGGUGGUGGGAAUUUGGUUAAUAAGUCUUCAUUGGCUUCUGAUCUCACUGCUUCUGAUACUGAUAGUGUUUCCUCUGGGAGCACUUCAGGAGCACAUGAGUCUUCUGGGGCUGCCAAGGGCACUAAGGAGCCUCGUGGCAUUGUUGUGUCUGCCAGGUUUUGGCAGGAAACUAAUAGCCGGCUGCGCCGCCUUCAGGACCCCGGUUCGCCCUUGUCAACUAGCCCUGCUUCUAGAAUUGGGGUGCCAAACAGGAAUGCUCAGUUGAAAAGGUAUAAUAGUGAUGGUCCCAUGUUGUCGCCGCGAACCAUGGCUUCUCCUGUCAGGGGGAAUGUGAAUGCUCGACCUGCUUCGCCGAGUAAGCUUUGGGCGGGAUCAUCCCCCUCUAGGGGGGUUAGUCCUGCUAGGGUGAGGAGCACGGUUGCCAGUUCUAUCAAUAGUGGUUCAAGUAACACACCCUCGAUUCUUAGCUUCUCUGCUGAUGUGCGAAGAGGGAAGAUUGGGGAAGAUCGGAUAUUUGAUGCGCAUACAUUGAGGCUUCUGUAUAACCGGUAUGUGCAGUGGCGUUUCGUGAAUGCAAGGGCAGAUGCUACAUUUAUGGUGCAGAAACUGAAUGCUGAGAGACAUUUGUGGAAUGCAUGGGUAACAAUCUCAGAACUCCGGCAUUCAGUCAUACUUAAAAGAAUCAAGCUUGUGUUACUGAGGCAAAAGUUGAAGUUAACUUCCAUUCUAAAAGGACAGAUUUCGUAUUUGGAGGAAUGGGCCCUUCUAGAUAGAGAUCACUCCAGUUCUUUGCUUGGAGCAACUGAAGCUUUGAAGGCCAGUACCCUCCGUCUUCCAGUUGUUGAAAAAGCAAUAGCUGAUGUACCAAAUCUAAAGGAUGCUUUGGGGUCUGCAGUUGAUGUGAUGCAGGCAAUGGCAUCCUCAAUAUACUCUCUUUCUUCAAAGGUGGAAGAAACUAACUGCUUGGUGGCGGAAAUCCUAAAGGUGACAUCAAAAGAAAGGCUUUUGCUUGAACAUUGCAAGGAGUUUUUGUCCUCGUUAGCAGCCAUGCAGGUCAAGGAUUGUAGCUUAAGAACGCAUAUGUUACAACUUUCUCGCGUGCCAACUUCCAGCUGCCUGACAACACGUGUGUAGAACUGAUCUUAUUUGACAACUCACUCUUAAUGCUAACACUACUCCAAGCCUUUUAUUUUCCACAGGGUGGAGAUAUAACACAGAAGGUAAUAAGAAUGGAAUGGGGUUAAUCGCUGGCUUUUGGUGUUCAUUUGACAUUUUUGAAACAUGUUGCGGUCUUGUAUGUCGUGUGUAGUAUCUCUUUGUGUCUGAAUAUACAAUUUACAAAGGAAAAGAGGUGGCUUUUCACUCACUAGUUAGCUAGCUGUAUACAAUUACCUUGUCAUUUGAGGAAAAGCGAGUGGCUAUGUAUAUAUCUAUAUAUGUAAUCAACUAAUCAUUUGUUUGUUAGGUAGUUUGUUGCUUAGAUCUUCAUUUGAAUCGCUGGUAUAUGUCUAUUGUAUCUUGUCACUAUAGCUUUAGCAAUCAGAGACAUGACUUUCACUUAUUCACGAGGGACUGUCAAAUUUCUAGUCGGUGGGAGAAUGGAUGUUUAAA